AUGUCUUGUUGCACUUUUCAAACAAGUUACACAAAUGGUGGCUCACCUGGAAGUAGUCACAAAUUUGAACAGUUCAAGAGCGAUUUUAUCGUGGAAAACGAAAUAGGAAGAGGAAGAUUUGCCAAAGUAUCGCUAGUCAGACAUCGUUUAAGUGGAGAAUUAUCUGCAGCCAAAGUGAUUAGACGGUGGAGGUGUGGAAAAGAUACUUUGCAAGGUAUUAUGCAGGAAAUCGAGGUUGUGAAGACUAGCCACCACAACCCUAACAUUGUAAAAAUGAAGCACUAUUACGUUGGUGACAAGGAAGUUGUUUUGCUCCUUGAAAAUUGUUCUCAAGGCGAUCUCUAUCAUUAUGUCCAUUAUAACGAAGAAUCCCUUGAAGAAAAGGUCGUUGUUGAAGCAUCUAGACAACUUCUAAAGGCUGUUUCAUUUUUACAUUCACAAUCAAUUGUUCAUUUGGAUAUUAAACCCGAGAAUAUUCUCCUCCGACAUCCUUUUCCUCAAUGUGAAAUUGCAUUAUGUGAUUUUGGUCUAGCCAAGUAUCUAAAGAAAAACGAGAUCAUCCGAGACCUUGUAGGUACACCAGACUACGCUGCUCCGGAAAUUUUGAACUAUGAUCCCAUUCACUUUACAACAGACAUGUGGAGUGUCGGUGUUGUUGUUUAUUAUUUAUUGACUAGUGAAAGUCCAUUUUGGAAUGAGAGUAAAGAACAAACUUUUCUUAAUGUCUGCCAAUUGAAAAUAAGCUAUGAUGAACAUUUAUUUCAAGAUAUUACUCCUCAAGCAAUUUCUUUCAUAAAACGCUUAAUUCGAAAGGAUCCAAGAGAUCGCCCUUCAGCCGUUGACUGCUUAGAAGAUCCUUGGUUUAAUCUUGUCAAACCCAUGCUUACACAAAUCGACACAAGUAAUAGUGAUAAUAUUAGUCAAAAUGGUUCACAUGA